AUGGGGAAUCCUAACCACUGGUUGGAUGGCACCACGCCGUCCAUCCGUGGAGUCACUGAUGUCGCUCACCGCAUUGUCGCCGCUGCUUCUUCUACGGAUACAAACAGGGCCCGCAGCUUCCUCGCCAAUAUCGGGGCUCCGACCGAGUCUGCCCCUUAUGCUGAACUGGUCCGCGACCAGAACGUGAACAUAAUAUAUGUCGCGACUCCUCACAGCCACCACUUUCAAAAUGUUAUGCUGGCGAUCCAGGCUGGCAAACCACUUGCCGUCAACGCUCGCCAAGCGCGGCGUGUCUUCGAGGCUGCGCGUACCGGAAAAGUUUUUCUUAUGGAGGCCGUCUGGAUUCGUUUCUUUCCCCUGAGCAUACAGAUCCGUGAGCUGGUAUCCACCAGCGUCAUCGGCCACGUCGUCCGGGUCAUCGCCGACCUCUCACACAAUCACAGCGCCGAAGACCCGACGAAGUUGAAUGUGCCCGACUCCCAUCGUCUCACCAGUAUCGAACUUGUAGGUGGCUCUUUGCUGGACAUAGGCAUAUAUGCUGUUUCUUGGAUCUUUCAGCUACUAUACCACCUGCAGGCGGGCGAUGACAAGGAAAUGCCCCAAGUGCUCGCCAGUUCUCAUAGAUAUUCCACAGGCGUUGACAAGUCCACUGCUGCCAUCCUCAGCUUCGUCAAGCACGAGAAUCUUGGGAUCGCGACAUCAUCGCUACAAGUCGCCACUGAUCCCGAUGGCCAUGCUAACCAUGCGGCUGUCCGCAUCCAGGGCACCAGGGGCGAGAUCGAGGUGGCACCACCCACGUAUCGUCCUGAGUCGUACAAAGUGAUGAAGAGAGACGGCAGGGUUGAGGUAGUAAAAUGCACCAUUCCACAAGAUCCAGAGAGAAAAUGGGGUUACGGAACCUUCUGGGAGGCGGACGAGUGUGCGCGCUGCAUCCGUGAUGGACGAUUGGAGAGCGUUACCAUGCCGCAUUCAGAAAGUAUCUGUGUCGUGGAGGUGCUAGACACCAUCAGGCAGCAGUCUGGAAUUGAGUAUCCUGACUUGAUUACUACCGAACAGUUUGACCCGCAAAGCCCGCUUAACGGGGGGAAGGGGUGA